AGGCCGCUUUCGGAAGGGGCUGGAGGGGGAAGAGCCUCCCGGAGUCCUGGGAUGUGAUCGCCGCCGUCCAAGCGGAGAGUCUCGCUGGACGGUGGGCGGAGAGGGGGAGGCAGGGACGCUGAGACGGGGCAGAGUCUCCCAGGGCAGCUUGCUCGAAAGCUGGCACCGUGCAGACGCGCCGAAGUACGGAUUUCCUCCUCCUCAGCCAGCAUGGCCAACCCUACCCAUCUUCAGGGCACCAGACUGGGGAAGACAAAGUGGCUGACAUGAUCCACCCCGCUCAGCCAGGUCAUAGCAGCCUGGGAGGCUCAAAUCUUCCCCUCAGCUACAUACCAUGUCAGUCUGACUUACUUCUCUGGGCUCUUGUAAAGAGGAGGGGAUCACAUGCAUCCCUCUGGAAAAAAACAGGUAGUGGCAGUAGAAAACACAUGAAGCGUCAUAUUAAGUGUCUGAGAAAAAAGGCUGGUAUCCGGAUGUGGCAGGAAAUUUUGGAAAUAGAGACAGGAUGAAUGAUCUGGAAGAAAAUCAGACAAAGCAAGAGAGGAAUGAAUAUCAGGACACAGACAUCCAUACAAUGGUGGCACAACAAAACACCCCCGAGGAAAAGAGAGAGAGAAAAUGCCCAGUACGUGGAAAAAUGUUUCCUUGUAAAUCUUCCUUUGAUGACCAUGGUUCCAUGCAAAAAACAAAGAAGAGAUACCAAUGCCUUGAGUGUGGAAAGAGUUUCAAGCGGAGUACAGAACUGCUCAACCAUCAGAGAACACACACAGGAGAAAAACCAUUUAACUGUCUAGAGUGUGGGAAAUCAUUUAGUCAGAAAGUGGCACUUACUAUCCAUCAAAGAAUACACUCAGGGGAGAAACCAUUUAAAUGCUUGGAGUGUGGAAAGCAAUUCUGCCAGAGUGGUGCCCUUCAAUCACAUCAAAGAAUUCACACUGAGGAAAAACCAUUUGAAUGCCUUCAUUGUGGAAAGAGCUUCAAACAGAAGGGUUACCUUACUAUACAUCACCGAAUGCACACAGGAGAGAAACCAUUUGAUUGUUUGCAGUGUGGGAAGAGUUUUGCUCAGAAGAGAAGCCUUACUAGACAUCAGAUCAUUCACAUAGAAGGCAAUCCCCUUAAAUGCCUAGAAUGUGGGAGGAGCUUCAAACACAAGAGUUACCUUACUAAACAUCAGAGGAUGCACACUGGAAAUAAACCAUUUCAGUGUUUGCAGUGUGGAAAGAGCUUUUCUUGGAAAAGAAGCCUUACUAGACAUCAGAUGAUUCACACAGAAGACAACUCAUUUAAAUGCCUGGAGUGUGGAAAGAGCUUCCAGCAGGAGGAUAUUCUUGCCUCUCAUAAGAAAAUUCAUAGUGGACAAAAACCAUUUGAAUGUUUGCAGUGUGGAAAGAGCUUUAUUUACAGGCAGAGUCUCUCUAGUCACCUGAUAAUUCACAUGGAAAACAACCCAUUUAAAUGUAUGCAGUGCGAGAAAAGCUUUAGCCGGAAGUAUCAUCUUGUUCUGCAUCAAAGAACUCAUGCUGAAGGAAAGUCAUUUAAAUGCCUGCAGUGUGGAAAGAAGUUCCAAAACUGCAGUGCCCUUAGAACACACAAAAUAAUCCACACUGGGGAAAAACUGCAUAAAUGCCUGGAGUGUGGGAAGAGCUUCAAAUGGAAGACGGCCCUUAAUUUCCACCAAAGAACUCACACAGGAGAGAAACCAUACGAAUGCUUAGUGUGUGGGAAAAGAUUCUACCAGAGAAGUGCCCUCAUUUGCCAUCAGAGAACCCACACAGGGGAGAAACCAUAUCAGUGCUUGGAGUGUGGAAAGUGCUUCAGUGUGAGACCGUCACUUACUUUGCAUCAAACCACUCACACAGGCAGAAAACCAUUUAAAUGUUUAGAAUGUGGAAAGAGUUUUAGUCGGAAAGCUUACCUCUCUUUACAUCAAACAACUCACAGAGGGGAGAAGCCAUAUAAAUGCUUGGAAUGUGAAAAGAGCUUCAGCCGUAAAUCAUAUCUUAAAUUUCAUAAAAGAACUCACACAGCGGAGAGACCAUAUACAUGCUUGGAGUGUGGGAAGAGCUUCAGGCAAAAGGCAUACUUUUCAUUACAUCAAAGAAUGCACACAGGGGACAAACCAUUUAAAUGCCUGGAGUGUGGAAAGAGCUUCAGUCGAAGGGAGUCACUUACCUCACAUCAAAGAACGCAUGUAGAUACAUCGGAGGAGGAGGAGGAGGAAGAUCCCCCUUCUACAGUAGACUCAGGGCAACCUGAGGGAUCCUGUAGCAGUGGAACCGCUACUUCCCAAACUUCACCAGAGCACCAAUUGCAGUGUAUCAGGUGGGACACUCAGAGCCAUGGUGGGAUAGCCCAUCUGAUUCCCCGCAGGCCCUUUCGCCCCGGGCAUACACAUGUAAUGAUGGUACAACAAGCAACAGCCAGAGAGGACAGAGAGCGGAAAUGCCGUCUGCGUGGGAAAAUGCUCGCUCAGAAAUCAUCCCCUGGUGACUGUUCUCCAGCCCACACAGCAAAGAAAAGGUAUAAAUGCCUUGAAUGUGGAAAAAGCUUCAAGCAGAGUGCAGACCUUCUCUCCCAUCAAAGAACACACACAGGGGAGAAACCUUUUAACUGUCCAGAAUGUGGGAAAUCCUUUAGUCAGAAGGGGGCACUUACUAUCCAUCAAAGAAUACACUCAGGGGAGAAACCAUUUACAUGUUUGGAAUGUGGAAGAAGAUUUUCUCAGAGUGGUGCUCUUCAAGUACAUCAAAGAACUCACACAGGGGAAAAACCAUUUCAGUGCCUGGAGUGUGGAAAGUGUUUCAAACGUAAAGAUUCCCUUACUUUACAUCAAAGAAUUCACACAGGGGAGAAACCAUUUGAAUGUUUGCAGUGUGGAAAGAGCUUUGGGCACAAGCGAAGCCUCACUAGUCAUCAGAUAAUUCACACAAAAGAGAACACCUUUAAAUGCUUAGAGUGUGGAAAAAGCUUCAGCCGGGAAGACGGUCUUGCAUCACAUCAGAGAAUUCACACAGGAGAGAAACCGUUUGAAUGUUUGCAGUGUGGAAGGCGCUUCAUACACAGGCAAAGCCUUACUCGUCACCAGAUAAUCCACAAAGAAGACAACCCAUUUAAAUGCCCAGAGUGUGGAAAGAACUUUAGCCGAAAGCAUGAUCUUGCUACUCAUCAAAGAAUUCACACAGGAGAAAAAAUAUUUGAAUGUUUGGAGUGUGGAGAGAGAUUUGUCCACAGGCAAAGCCUUACUAGUCAUCAGAGCACCCACACAAAAGAGAAACCCUUUAAAUGCCUGCAGUGUGGAAAAAGCUUUAGGGAGAAUGGUGCCCUUCGAACGCAUCGGGUAAUGCACAUUGGUGAAAAACUACAUAAGUGUCUGGAGUGUGGAAAGAGCUUCAAGCGGAAGCAUACUCUUAAUUUCCAUCAAAGAACUCACACAGGAGAAAGACCUUAUCAGUGCUUAGUGUGUGGAAAGAGAUUCUACCAGAGUAAUGCCCUUAAUUGUCAUCAAAGGACCCACACAGGGGAGAAACCAUUUAAAUGCUUGGAGUGCGGGAAGAGCUUCAGUCUGAGACCAUCUCUGACGUUGCAUCAAACCACCCACACGGGGGAGAAGCCAUUUAAGUGCUCAGAGUGCGGAAAGGCUUUCAGUCGGAAGGCAUACCUCUCUUUGCAUCAAAAGACUCAUACGGGAGAGAAACCAUACAGAUGUGUGGAGUGUGGGAAGCACUUCAGCCUGAGACAGUCUCUGACAUUACAUGAAAGAACUCACACAGCAGAGAAACCAUAUAGCUGUUUGGUGUGUGGCAAACGCUUCAGUCGGAGGGCGUAUGUUUCUUUACAUCAAAGAAUCCACACAGGGGACAAGCCAUUUAAAUGCUCGGAGUGUGGAAAGAGUUUCAGUCGAAGGGAAUCCCUUGCUUCACAUCAGAGAAUACACACAGAGACUUCUUCGGAGGAAGAGGAGGAGGAGGAAGACCCACCAGGAGAACCCUCUCCUGUGGUAGCUCUGGGUCAGGCCGGGGCAUCCUGCGUCAGCAGCUCCUCAUCUGAGGUUCCCAGCAAACCUUUCAGUUCUGUCCAGAGACCAGCCCACAUCCCAGGCUCUCCUGCCACUCGUGACUUGGCAGAGCACCACUGGCAGUGUAUCCGGUGGGACACGCAGGACCACGGCGGGAGAGCCCACCUGACUCCCCGAAGGCCCUUUCGCCCCGGGCACACACACGAGUGAGGCCCUGCUCAGGAACAAGCCUGUGCUUGUGAGCACAGUUGCGAAAGGCCCGGCUGCGAGGACGACUCGGAUGCAAGUGCCGAACUGGCCAAGCAGAAUAUGUGCACGUAGCUUUCCUCAGACUUCUUCCCGGUCAGCACUUCCCAUGGAGUCAUUUAACUCCAUUUCGGGCUCUUGGCAGGAGGAACAACUUAAGUGUCCAGCAUAAAAGGCACUUGAAGCAGAGCUGAAAUUUCACUUCAGCUCACAACACAAUCCGUGAGAUUCCUCGGCUGAAAUACUGUGGGUUGAUUGCAUCGCAAUAGUAAUGGGCUUAAGGGUGGAUUGAUAAAAAUGCACCUAUUGAGAAAGCAAUUCUCACAGAAGAAGCCUGAAUAGGUUUGCGAGGGUCAAGGGGCAUGCACAUGCGUGGGUACGUGUCUCACACACACUGCAGACGUGCACUUUAGUGGGUGAAAAACUUAGUGCAAAUGGGAUCCUUGACGGGGAAGACAAAGCAUUCAAAUGCAUAGAAGAUGCUUCGGGGGGGUGUUUGUCCCUUACAUUAAUAUACAUCAAAGAAAAGGUAUGAAUAUCUAGUUUGCUGAGCAACCUUAAAACAAUUCUUCACCAGA